UUAUCGCGAAAUAGUUGUUAAUUAAAUAAAAAACAUUUAUUAAAGUUUUACGAUGAUGCUAGAAUAACACCAUAAUUUUAUUUAUAUUUUAUUAACGAAUUUUUUAUUCAUAAAAUGGUGUUUAAUCCGGCUGUGACCGUGCGUAGGAUUGAUGUUUUGAUCCGGAUUUUAAACGGUCGUAAAAUAAAUGUAAGCCCUAAACUAGUUCGAGCUUAUUCAAGUGAAGGAAGAGUGACUAUUGGAAAUGUGAGCAAAGAAAUAAAAAGUGCGAAAAAGAUAGAAUAUGUCCCAAGAAAGUACUUGACCAUAGAGGAUGCAGAGCUUAAGAACUUAUCACAAAGUACUCUCCGUAACUUAAGAUGGAUGAUGCAAAAGGACCUUUUAGGUCAGGACAUGUUCCUGUUGGGAAGACCUGGUCCAAGCAGGCGGAAAGUAGCUCUUCAAUACUUGGAGUUAACACAAAGGGAAUUAGAGUAUGUGGCACUUUCCCGUGACACAACCGAAGCUGAUCUGAAACAGAGAAGGGAAAUUCAAAGUUCUACGGCCAAAUAUUUUGAUCAGAGUGCAGUUCGAGCCGCCAUCGAAGGAAGAGUUCUUGUCAUAGAGGGCAUAGAGAAGGCAGAAAGAAAUGUGUUGCCAGUACUAAAUAAUCUGCUGGAAAAUAGGGAAAUGCACUUGGAAGAUGGCAGGUUUUUAAUACCAUCAUCGAGAUAUGAUAAAUUGCUUGAGGAGCAUGGUCUAGAAGAGGUAUCAAAAUGGCGUCUAGUGCGUGUGGACGAGCGGUUCCGCGUGAUCGCACUAGGCUUGCCCGUGCCAAGGUACUCGGGACAACCACUGGACCCCCCGCUGCGUUCCCGCUUUCAGGCGAGAGAUGUCGCUACAGUUGGUUUUGGGGAACAUCUAACAAUGUUAAAAGAAGAAGCGCCCCGUGUGGACACAACUAAGCUUGAACAACUAAUGUCAGCUGCGUACGCGUUGAUCAGUCCGGAGUUACAGCAAGUCAGUUUGCCAGACUUUCCGAUUGACAAUCUGCACACAGCUGCGUAUAUAUUGGAGAACAAUCCAAACAUACCAAUCCACAAACUGCUAUACCUAUUAUAUCCGUAUAAAACAUUUUUAUCAAAAGAGCACAUAAAGAAUGUGGAAGCAGUAUUACAUAACCUUAAAAUGGAUAUGAAGCCCAAAUGGAAUAUAUCCUUACAUGAUAUAGAAGUCAAAGGAAAAGAAGCUAUAGUUAGUAUAGAAAUGAACGGCAGUAAGAGCCAAUUUAGCGUGCCGUGUGGAGACCGUAAGAGUAAGAGAGAAGAGAAGGGAAUAAUUAAGACAGAUUACCAGAGUCUUCUGCUGAAUGAAUUAUUGCUGAGUCAUAGUGUUGGAGACUUUUGUAUUGUUGGUCCAAAAGGCUGCGGCAAGAGUCUUCUAGUCAGUCAAUUAGCGUCCCUAUUGGGUUACACAAUAGAGCCGAUAGUCCUGUACCAAGAUAUGACGGCAAGAGAUUUGAUACAACAACGAACAACGCUGGACAAUGGUGAUACAGUUUGGAGGAACUCUGCGUUAGUAGAAGCGGCUUUGAAAGGUCGUAUGGCGGUAUUGGAUGGUCUCCAUCGAAUUCAUGCUAGUACGUUGGCGGCUUUGCAUAGGUUAGUUCACGACAGAGAGCUUCAACUUCACGACGGAACGCGAUUGGUCCGUCACGAUAGAUACGAUGAUCUACUUGCUUCUGGACUCACUGUAAAGGAUCUUGAAGAUAGUGGAGUUAAGAGAAUACACCCGGCGUUUAGAAUAGUCGCGUUAGCUGAACCGCCUGUACUUGGUCGCGGAGCGCAUUGGCUCUCACCGGAAAUAUUGAGCUUGUUUAUUUUCCACGAGAUGAGAAACCUUAGUAAAGAAGAGGAAAUAUUCAUUAUUAACAGCUUGUAUGGUGAUAUAUCUUCACCACUACAUUCUAUAAUAAAUCUGGCAGACCAACUCAGGAACUCCGAAGACAGCACUCUCAAAAAUCUAUCAUCUUCCCUAUCAACUCGACAACUGCUUAGAAUAGCCAGUCGAAUGGCCCAAUAUCCCACAGAUUCAGCCUACGAAACAAUACAAAGAACGUUCUUAGCUAAAUUCCUUCCCAAUUUAGCUAGACGAGCGCUAGAUGGCGCCAGUCAAAAGAUCGGCAUAGAACCUCCAUCGAAAUUCGGCAUCUUUGGUAAUGCAGAAAAGAAAAUUGGCUGCUCAGUUAAAAAUGGCGUCUUAACUAUCGGAGGCACGAGUACAAACGUUUAUAAAACGGAGGCGUUAACAAAAGUGCCUGAUAUAUUGUUCUAUGACGUUCCACAACAUGUAAGGUUGUUGGAAUGGUUGCUGCAAGACUUCCUCCUUGGGAAUCACUUGCUUCUAGUCGGUAACCAAGGAGUAGGCAAGAAUAAGAUCGCGGAUCGUCUUUUACAAUUACUAAAUCGACCGAGAGAGUACAUACAGUUGCACAGAGAUACAACAGUACAGUCGCUAACAGUACAACCUACGGUACGAGAUGGGGUCGUUAUAUACGAAGAUUCUCCACUAGUUAAAGCUGUGAAAUACGGCCAUGUGCUCGUUGUAGAUGAAGCAGAUAAGGCGCCAACACAUGUGACCUGUAUUCUAAAGACCUUGGUCGAGAAUGGAGAGAUGGUACUAAGUGAUGGAAGACGGAUAGUUCCAAAGGAUAUGAUGGAAAGUUCUGCAGGCGAAGUGGCUAGCUUUAUCCCGGUACAUGAUGACUUUAAGAUGAUAGUGCUCGCUAACCGGCCUGGGUUCCCGUUCUUGGGCAAUGACUUCUUCGCGUCUUUGGGUGACCUAUUCUCAUGUCACGCGGUCGACAAUCCGUCUAUCGAAUCGGAAAUGGAGCUCCUCCGUUCCUACGGUCCGGACGUUCCGGCAGAGAUCAUGAAGAAGUUGGUACAAGCGUUCGCCUCUUUGAGAAACAUGGCGGAUCAGGGACAAUUGACGUAUCCGUAUUCGACGAGGGAGCUGGUCAAUAUUGUGAAGCAUUUGCAGCAAUACCCAGAAGAAGAAUUAGCAACAGCCAUCGGCAACGUGUUCGACUUCGACCGCUACAGCCAGGACAUAGCGGACACUUUACUGGAAGUGCUGCACGCUAGCGGUCUGCCCACACAGGGCGUGCUGCAGGGCAGGCCCAACGAGGGCAGGGUUCAGCUCACUGUGGACCGGACUAGCGGCAAAGACGUAUCUUCCCCUAAACAUGGUAAAGAAGACCCAAAAAACGAGCCCCACGUAGGAGGGAACACUUGGGCGGGCGGAACCGGGGGGCGAGAUACUGCAGGUCUGGGCGGAAAGGGCGGACCCUAUAGACUGGAUAAAGGGCAUGAUGUGCAUCAGUUAUCCGACGCAGAAAAAGAUGAUAUACCUGAACACGUGAAGAAAGCGGCCCGUGAGAUGAACAGGAAAGUGUUUGAAGAGAGAUUAAAGGAGAUCAAAAUGAGUGAAUACGAUGCUAACUUGUAUGGACAGUUUCUAAGAGCGGUGCAACCGCAGAUAAGUGCGCUAAGAGGAGUUCUAGCGGAGUUACAAGCUAAGAAGAAAGAGAGGCAGUGGAGCAGACAUCAGACUAGCGGAGAAUUGGAUGAUGGCAAAAUUAUCGAAGGUAUAACAGGUGAACGUUCUAUAUACCGGCGUAGAACGGAACAAGAGCCCCCACCGGGCUCGCCGCCGGACAAACCCAAGCGGCUGCGGCUUGUCGUGGACGUGUCGGGCAGUAUGUAUAGAUUCAACUCAUACGAUGGGCGUCUAGAACGUUCCAUGGAAGCCGUGGUACUAUUAACCGAAGCACUAAAAGGCUACGAGACAAGAAUACGAUACGAUAUGUACGGACAUUCGGGGGAAGAACAUGCUUUGGAGUUGGUGAGAGUGGACCGCCCGCCGGAGAACGAGAAGGAGAGAUUGCAGAUAAUCCGCACAAUGCACGCGCACGCCCAGUUCUGUUGGUCGGGCGAUAAUACCCUACCGGCCGCGAGUCAUGCCAUCAAUACACUCGCCAGUGAAGACGCGGAUGAAGCUAUCGUGCUCAUACUGUCUGAUGCUAAUUUGAGGAGGUACGGCAUACCUCCAGAAAAGCUGGGCACUAUAAUGACGUCGGAUCCGAGGGUGCAAGCGCACGUCAUCUUCAUAGGAAGUUUGGGAGACGAGGCUAACAUGUUACUCCGCAAACUACCAGUAGGCCACGCCCACGUGUGUAUGGACGUAGCAUCUCUACCUCAAAUCAUGCAACAGAUAUUUGCAUCUUCGCUUUUACAGACCUCGUAGUAAAUAAAUAAUAUAAAUGGUGUUAUUCAAAUAAUUGAGUCAUAUAAAAUCAAACCUGGCAAUCUCCAUUCCGUCGAAUUGUUAGGGAAAUAGAAAAAUGAUAUAAAAAAUAUCAUGAAUGUAUUUGUAAUGUUAUUCCUAGUUAUUUCAAUGUUCUAAUGUUAACUAUUAUUGAUCACUAAUUGUAGACAUUUACUUGAAAAACCUGUCAUAAAAUGCACAAAAUGUUUGGAGAUUGCCGUUUUUGUUCUGCUUUCAAGGACACUGCCGUUUUUGAUCUGAUUACCUCUGGAGAAAGCCAAUUUUGUUAUGGCUUCCAGUCUGUACCUCCAUAGACUACACCAACCAAUUAUUUUGAUACUUUAAAAGUGGAAUAUAAAAAUAUGCAAAUUAUGUCAGAAAUUAUUUAUUUUAAUUAAUCAUAGGUAAACUAACUUAUAUUCUAAGAUUAUGAUCUUCUUCUUGUGGUUCACAAACGAUGUUAUCUGAUGAACUUCUGUUUUAUUCAACUUCCGAGUUUUGAGCAAAUAUGGUUUUAUAAAAAACCAGCCCCUCCACUUGCUGCCAUUCGUCGCCAUAAU